CACGGUUAAUCUCGCGAUCUUUUGGAAGUUCCGUUGGGGAAGAUGGCGGCGGCCGCGAGCACCCUUCUCUUCUUGCCGCCGGGGACUUCAGACUGAGUCUUCCCUGGAAGAGUGGGACUGCAGGUGCCCUGCGUCCCGGGAGCCCGAACCAACUUGGUUCCUCCAUUACUGGUGGGGAAGGGCAUAUCCUCUUGUGUAGGAUUUAGGCCCUCCCCGCCGUCAGGAUGAAGGCUCAGGGGGAGACCGAGGAGUCGGAAAAGCUGAGUAAGAUGAGUUCUCUCUUGGAACGGCUCCAUGCAAAAUUUAACCAAAAUAGACCUUGGAGUGAAACCAUUAAGCUUGUGCGUCAAGUCAUGGAGAAGAGGGUUGUAAUGAGUUCUGGAGGGCACCAACAUUUGGUCAGCUGUUUGGAGACAUUGCAGAAAGCUCUCAAAGUAACAUCUUUACCAGCAAUGACUGACCGUUUGGAGUCUAUAGCAAGACAGAAUGGACUGGGCUCUCAUCUCAGUGCCAGUGGCACUGAAUGUUACAUCACGUCAGAUAUGUUCUAUGUGGAAGUGCAGUUAGAUCCUGCAGGACAGCUUUGUGAUGUAAAAGUGGCUCACCAUGGGGAGAAUCCUGUGAGCUGUCCAGAGCUUGUACAGCAGCUAAGGGAAAAAAAUUUUGAUGAAUUUUCUAAGCACCUUAAGGGUCUUGUUAAUCUUUAUAACCUUCCAGGGGACAACAAACUGAAGACUAAAAUGUACUUGGCUCUCCAAUCCUUAGAACAGGAUCUAUCUAAAAUGGCAGUUAUGUAUUGGAAAGCAACCAAUGCUGGUCCCUUGGACAAGAUUCUUCAUGGAAGUGUUGGCUAUCUCACUCCAAGAAGUGGGGGUCAUUUAAUGAACUUGAAGUAUUAUGCCUCUCCUUCUGACCUGCUGGAUGAUAAGACAACAUCCCCUAUCAUUUUGCAUGAGAAUAAUGUUCCUCGAUCUUUGGGCAUGAAUGCAUCAGUGACAAUCGAAGGAACAUCUGCUAUGUAUAAACUCCCAAUUGCACCAUUAAUUAUGGGAUCACAUCCAGUUGACAACAAAUGGACUCCCUCCUUCUCCUUAGUUACCAGUGCCAACAGUGUUGAUCUUCCUGCUUGUUUCUUCUUGAAAUUUCCCCAGCCACUUCCAGUAUCUAGAGCAUUUGUUCAGAAAAUUCAGAACUGCACAGGAAUUCCAUUGUUUGAAACUCAGCCAACUUACGUACCCCUCUAUGAACUGAUCACUCAAUUUGAACUGUCAAAGGAUCCUGACCCCUUACCUUUGAAUCACAACAUGCGAUUUUAUGCUGCUCUUCCAGGUCAACAGCACUGCUAUUUCCUCAACAAGGAUGCUCCUCUUCCAGAUGGUAGAAGUCUACAGGGAACCCUUGUUAGCAAAAUCACCUUUCAGCACCCUGGCCGGGUUCCUCUUAUCCUGAAUCUGAUCAGACACCAAGUGGCCUAUAACACCCUAAUAGGAAGCUGUGUCAAAAGAACUAUUCUGAAGGAAGAUUCUCCAGGGCUUCUCCAAUUUGAAGUGUGUCCCCUCUCAGAGUCUCGUUUCAGCGUGUCUUUUCAGCACCCUGUGAAUGACUCCCUGGUGUGUGUGGUAAUGGAUGUGCAGGACUCAACACAUGUGAGCUGUAAACUCUACAAGGGGCUGUCAGAUGCACUCAUCUGCACAGAUGACUUCAUUGCCAAAGUUGUUCAAAGAUGUAUGUCGAUUCCUGUGACGAUGAGGGCUAUUCGGAGGAAAGCUGAAACCAUUCAGGCCGACACCCCAGCACUGUCCCUCAUUGCAGAGACAGUUGAAGACAUGGUGAAAAAGAACCUGCCCCCGGCUAGCAGCCCAGGGUAUGGCAUGACCACAGGCAACAACCCAAUGAGUGGUACCACUACACCAACCAACACCUUUCCGGGGGGUCCCAUUACCACCUUGUUUAAUAUGAGCAUGAGCAUCAAAGAUCGGCAUGAGUCGGUGGGCCAUGGGGAGGACUUCAGCAAGGUAUCUCAGAACCCAAUUCUUACCAGUUUGUUGCAAAUCACAGGGAACGGGGGGUCUACCAUUGGCUCGAGUCCGACCCCUCCUCAUCACACGCCGCCACCUGUCUCUUCGAUGGCCGGCAACACCAAGAACCACCCGAUGCUCAUGAACCUUCUUAAAGAUAAUCCUGCCCAGGAUUUCUCAACCCUUUAUGGAAGCAGUCCUUUAGAAAGGCAGAACUCCUCUUCCGGCUCACCCCGGAUGGAAAUGUGCUCGGGAAGCAACAAGACAAAGAAGAAGAAGUCAUCAAGAUUACCACCUGACAAACCAAAGCACCAGACUGAAGAUGACUUUCAGAGGGAGCUAUUUUCAAUGGAUGUUGACUCACAAAACCCUAUCUUUGAUGUCAACAUGACAGCUGACACGCUGGAUACGCCACACAUCACUCCAGCUCCAAGCCAGUGUAGUACUCCCCCAACAACUUACCCGCAACCAGUACCUCACCCCCAACCCAGUAUUCAAAGGAUGGUCCGACUAUCCAGUUCAGACAGCAUUGGCCCAGAUGUAACUGAUAUCCUUUCAGACAUUGCAGAAGAAGCUUCUAAGCUUCCCAGCACUAGUGACGAUUGUCCACCCAUUGGCACCCCUGUUCGAGAUUCUUCAAGCUCUGGGCAUUCUCAGAGUGCCCUCUUUGACCCUGAUGUCUUUCAAGCCAAUAAUAAUGAAAAUCCAUACACUGAUCCAGCUGACCUUAUUGCAGAUGCUGCUGGCAGCCCCAGUAGUGACUCACCUACCAAUCAUUUUUUUCCUGAUGGAGUAGAUUUCAAUCCUGAUUUGUUGAACAGCCAGAGCCAAAGUGGUUUUGGAGAAGAAUAUUUUGAUGAAAGCAGCCAAAGUGGAGAUAAUGAUGAUUUCAAAGGAUUUGCAUCUCAGGCACUAAAUACUUUGGGGGUGCCAAUGCUUGGAGGUGAUAAUGGGGAGACUAAGUUUAAAGGCAAUAGCCAAGCUGACACGGUUGAUUUCAGUAUUAUAGCAGUGGCUGGUAAGGCUUUGGGGCCUACAGAUCUUAUGGAGCAUCACAGUGGUAGCCAGAGUCCUUUAUUGACCACUGGGGACUUAGGGAAAGAAAAGACUCAAAAGAGAGUAAAGGAAGGCAAUGGUGCCAGUAAUAGUAGUCUGUCAGGGACAGGAUUAGACAGCAAACCAGGGAAGCGCAGUCGAACCCCUUCUAAUGAUGGCAAAAGCAAAGAUAAGCCUCCAAAGCGGAAGAAGGCAGACACUGAGGGAAAGUCUCCAUCUCACAGUUCUUCUAACCGACCUUUCACCCCACCUACUAGUACAGGUGGAUCCAAAUCUCCAGGCAGUUCAGGAAGGUCUCAGACUCCCCCAGGUGUUGCCACACCACCCAUUCCCAAAAUUACUAUUCAGAUUCCUAAGGGAACUGUGAUGGUGGGCAAGCCCUCUUCUCACAGUCAGUAUACCAGCAGUGGUUCUGUGUCUUCCUCAGGAAGUAAAAGCCACCAUAGCCAUUCUUCCUUAUCUUCUGCUUCCAACUCAGGCAAGAUGAAAAGCAGUAAAUCAGAAGGUUCAUCAAGUUCUAAAUUAAGUAGCAGUAUAUAUUCUAGCCAGGGGUCUUCUGGAUCUAGCCAGUCCAAAAAUUCAUCCCAGUCUGGGGGAAAGCCAGGCUCCUCUCCUAUUACCAAGCAUGGACUGAGCAGUGGCUCCAGCAGCACCAAGAUGAAACCUCAAGGGAAGCCAUCAUCACUUAUGAAUCCUUCUUUAAGUAAACCAAACAUAUCCCCUUCCCAUUCGAGGCCACCUGGAGGCUCUGAUAAGCUUGCCUCUCCAAUGAAGCCUGUUCCUGGGACUCCCCCAUCCUCUAAAGCCAAGUCCCCUAUCAGUUCAGGUUCUGGUGGUUCUCACAUGUCUGGAACUAGUUCAAGCACUGGCAUGAAGUCAUCUUCAGGGUUAGGAUCCUCAGGCUCAUUGUCUCAGAAAACUCCCCCGUCAUCUAACUCUUGUACAGCAUCUUCCUCUUCCUUUUCCUCAAGUGGCUCUUCCAUGUCAUCCUCUCAGAACCAGCAUGGGAGUUCCAAAGGGAAAUCUCCCAGCAGAAAUAAGAAGCCGUCUUUAACAGCUGUCAUAGAUAAACUGAAGCAUGGGGUUGUCACCAGUGGCCCUGGGGGUGAAGACCCAAUGGACGGCCAAAUGGGGGUGAGCACAAAUUCUAGCCAUCCUGUGUCCUCCAAACAUAACAUGUCUGGAGGAGAGUUCCAGGGCAAGCGUGAGAAAAGUGAUAAAGACAAAUCAAAGGUUUCCACCUCGGGGGGCUCAGUGGAUUCAUCUAAGAAGACCUCAGAGUCUAAAAAUGUGGGGAGCACAGGUGUGGCAAAAAUUAUCAUCAGCAAGCAUGAUGGGGGAUCCCCCAGCAUUAAAGCCAAAGUGACUUUGCAGAAACCUGGGGAAGGUGGUGGAGAAGGGCUCAGGCCUCAGAUGGCCUCUUCCAAAAACUAUGGCUCUCCACUCAUCAGUGGUUCCACUCCAAAGCAUGAGCGUGGCUCUCCCAGCCAUAGUAAGUCACCAGCAUAUACCCCCCAGAAUCUGGACAGUGAAAGUGAGUCAGGCUCCUCCAUAGCAGAGAAAUCUUAUCAGAACAGUCCUAGCUCAGAUGAUGGCAUCCGACCUCUUCCAGAAUACAGCACAGAGAAGCAUAAGAAGCACAAAAAAGAAAAGAAGAAAGUAAAGGACAAAGAUAGGGACCGGGACAAAGACCGAGACAAGAAAAAAUCUCAUAGCAUCAAGCCAGAGAGUUGGUCUAAAUCACCCAUCUCUUCAGACCAGUCCUUGUCUAUGACAAGUAACACAAUCUUAUCUACAGACAGGCCCUCAAGGCUCAGCCCUGACUUUAUGAUUGGGGAGGAAGAUGACGAUCUUAUGGAUGUGGCCCUGAUUGGCAACUAGGAACCUAUUUAAAGCAAAAAUAUGGCCAGAGAAGAACUAAGUGUAUAGGCAAAUCAUCAUAAGGAGUGAGUCAGACAGGUCUGAUUUUGUGUUUUAAGAAUCUUAAAUGGCAUGGCUUUGACACCAAGUGGGAUGAAUUUUGAAAGGCAUAGCCGGACCCUACUAAAGAGACCAUAGGGUUUGAUUCUGGUUACCACAAAUCACUUGUUCCUUUGCCAGAAAAAAAAAAAAAGUUUUAAAAUAUUUGCUUAUGAAAGGGAGGGGGUGGG